GCGAGUUGGGCCGUUGCUGCCGCCGCUAAGGGAGGGACGCGGGGAGGCCCUAGGCCGCGGUGCCGCUUGCCUCCCGCCGCCCCCGCUGCCCCGCGGCCGCCGCAGCCGCCGCAGCGGGCGGGGAGAUGCAGCCCCCGGGCCCUCAGCAGCCGCCGCCCUAUGCGCCCAGCAACGGAGACUUCACCUUUGUCUCCUCGGCCGAUGCCGAAGAUCUUAGUGGUUCCAUAACAACUCCAGAUGUUAAGCUAAAUCUUGGAGGAGGAGGAGAAUUCAUCAAAGAAUCUACUGCAACUACAUUCCUGAGACAGAGAGGGUAUGGUUGGCUUCUGGAAGUAGAAGAUGAUGACCCAGAAGAUAACAAGCCACUCCUGGAAGAACUGGACAUUGACCUGAAGGAUAUUUACUACAAAAUUCGCUGUGUGUUGAUGCCUAUGCCAUCUCUUGGGUUUAAUAGACAGGUGGUGAGAGACAAUCCAGAUUUUUGGGGUCCUCUGGCAGUUGUCCUCUUCUUCUCAAUGAUUUCACUAUAUGGGCAAUUCAAGGUUGUUUCUUGGAUUAUAACUAUUUGGAUAUUUGGAUCCUUGACAAUUUUUUUAUUGGCCAGGGUUCUUGGAGGAGAAGUGGCUUAUGGCCAAGUUCUUGGUGUGAUAGGAUAUUCUCUACUUCCCCUGAUUGUCAUAGCACCUGUACUUCUGGUGGUUGGAUCAUUUGAAGUUGUUUCUACAUUAAUAAAGUUGUUUGGAGUAUUUUGGGCUGCAUACAGUGCUGCAUCAUUACUAGUUGGAGAAGAAUUCAAGACCAAGAAACCCCUUCUAAUUUAUCCAAUCUUUUUACUGUACAUUUAUUUUCUGUCUUUGUAUACUGGGGUGUAAUCUAAUGUAAGAAUGUGGCCAGAAACCAUAUUUUAUUUACUUGCAAACUGAUAAUGCAUAAGACUAAGAAGGCUGGAGAUAGUACAAGUGACUGUUUUGUAUCCAGUUGUCAAGAUGUUUUAAGAUCGAAAAGCAUAUUUGUGUAUAUUAUUUAAUGAAGCAAUUGUAGCUAUAUAGAUUUGUAUCAAAGUUUUAGGUUUGUUUAAGACUCUCUUCAGAUUUUAAUGAACAAAAUACAAGAACCUUGUGUUUUAUAACAAAGUGUAGCAAAAAUAAAGCUUGAUACCUGUGCCAAAAGCACUAGGAUUAGAUUACUAUAUUUGAGGAGAAAAAUGAGAAGUUAACUAUCACAAUCUCAAAGUGCAAUUUUUCUUUUGAGCUUAAACUUAGCUGGCUUUUUUGGCACAGCAAAUCCUGUAGAUAAUAAUAUAUAUUUAUGAAACAGUCCUGAUUGUUCACAGAAUAGUCUGUAUAAUCAAGACAACAAGAUUCUACUUUUAAUUUAGUGCCUCAAUUAUUUUGAUUUGGCUAUUGAGUUUUUAUAAAUUCCAAUUUGUUUUGAGAAAAAUGUAUAUACUGUGUAUUUUGUAUCUAUGGCUUGUGUGUAGCGUAAAUACUCCUUGGCUGAGGAUGUAUGUUGGGUUUUUAAAAACUAAAAAUAGAAGUAUUUGAAGUUUUCAUUUACUAUUUCUGACCAAAGGAGCAAGGCAUUUACUACGUGACAUAAUUCUUUAAAUUGCUUAUUUACAAAAUCAAAUUAUUUUAGUUAAUAGUGUGAAUUAGAGAGAAACAGGCAAAUAACUUGUCAACGAUAGCACUGGUUUAAUGUUGGAAAAGAAAGAUGAUCUAUUGAAUUUGUGAGAUCUUUAAACAAUGUUAUUUUAUGAUCAUAAAAUAAAAAGAAUGCUUCCCUAA